GGCACCUGACGGCGGUCCGGGCGGCCUCAGGGUGGCCGAACACCCGCCGACCCGGGACUGCAGCGGCUCCGACCACCCGCCGACGCCGCUCAGCCCGAGCUGCCGCCGAGCUGUCAACAGCUGGGGACAAGAAGCCGAACGCCGCAGCUGUCGCCGCGGCUGAAGCUGUCGCAGCGGCUGUCCAGUGGGCUGCAGCUGUCGCAGCGGCUGUCCAGUGGGCUGCAGCUGUCGGCGCGGCUGUCCAGUGGGCUGUAGCUGUUGGUGCUAGCGGUAGCUGUCCCGCGGGCUGACUCCGCAGAGCGUCAGCCUCCGCCAUACGUGAGCACCAUUUCUGGUGUCUGCGGCGCGACCGACGAUGGGAAACAAGAAGUCACGCGCGACAGGGAGCUCCAACCAGGCCCGUGGCCAGGAACUUCGGACAUCUGAUCCCUAUCGGACAGAAAUUGCCAUGGUGGCGACGGAAGCUCUGGUAAAGACAUUUAAAGACAGCAAGAAUGAAAGGGUUGAUGACCAAUCGCCUGCACCCGAAAAUGCUGACAUACUUAAGCAGAAACGUGAAAGAGAUGAACAGCUUGAGGAUUACCGCUACAAGCUGAAACUUCAAGAAGAGCAAAUAGCUGCACUUCAGAGACAAAUGUUACUAGAACAGCAACAAAAGAAAGGAAUGUUUGAAAUGCAGCCAGAACAAAAUGAAGAGACGAGAUCAAAAGGAGCCGAAAUGCGAGGGCGGCAAUGUGAGGAGGAACAAAGCAAACAUGAUCAGGAAGCUGCUGAACCACGGCCAGAAAAAGCGAUGCAGAUGCAGGGAGCAGCAGGUGAACAUUUGAAGCCCAGCGUCGGCGAGAAACGGCGGCGAAUGGUGUAUGAAGCCCCGAGGAACCGGCCAGAAGAUGAACAGCAGCGAGACCGAGGCCUUAAAGAGAGGGAAGUGCUAGAGCUGGAAGACGAAUCAAAGAGAAGUGAAAUUGCAGGAAGAAGUUCUAACGUGCAAGAAAACGCGGCUCAAACAUUUCAAUCCAAUCAAUGUCGAGUUGGAACUAAAAAUGGCAAAAGCCAGUCUACAGACGGAAAAGAAAAUGACAAAAUAAAACCAAAACAGGGUGUAAAUGAUGUUGAAGCUCGGGUCGGACAAGAACAGCGUAAGCGAGACGAAGAAGUUCGCAAACGCAGAGAACAGCAGCUCAGUACUAUAAGAGAGCAGGAGAGACAGUUUCAAGCGCAAAAGCGAAAAGCUGCUUUAGUUGAAGAAAAACAAUUAUUAGUUGAAAAGCAGCGCAAUGCAAAACUGAACGCUCGACUCAUGCGACAGAGCUUAAAUCAGCGAUUGAAGGAGAACCAACAGAAAACUGCGCGCCUCAAGGAGCAUCGGAAGGACUUCUUUGACGUCGCAACUCGCGUGCUCAAGUCGAAUUCAGCGGUGGAGGCCGAGUUCACGCGACGGUACCUGUUGGAGAGGCUGGAGGAUUUGAGCGAGCUGGCGAGACGGCGAGAUCAGAGCGCUGAUGAGGAGCUGUUAGCGGGAAGCACCCUCCCAAACGUCUGCAACAACUACAGCUCUGCCGCAGGCUGCAUGGACACAGGGUGCCAAAGCUUGCAUAUCUGUCGACGCUUCUGGGAGGGUACUUGCAGCAACGGACUGGACUGUCGCUACAGUCACUCCUUAACAACAGUGCACAACCAGGGCGUCUGCGCUUUGUUUGAACAGGCUUCUGCUCGGGAGCUGGUGGUAGCACAACAGCCGAACGGGACCUCGGGGGAGAGCGGAAGUCCUGCAGCUGAUGGCUCCGCUGAAAACAGGGGGAUAUGUCGCAUGGAUAUCUCCAACAUGAUGCAUAUGUCAAGACAGCCGGAGGCGGACUGCAGUGUGACCGGGGACUGCGGGGCGAGUGCGGCGCUCCGCGAGGGACACAGACCGUCUGACCGCCGCCAGCCGACCUCCGCCAGUGACGUCAGCCCGGAGCCGGCGCGGGACAGACAGAGGAGCCAGUGGGGCGCGACUAAUGAGAGUCGGAGAGUCACUCUCAGCUCCCGUGAGAACGGCGCCGUUCCUCGCGCACCAGUGUCGGGAGCAGCAGCUGCUGCUGUGUCGGGAGCUGCUGCUGCUGUGUCGGGAGCUGCUGCUGCUGUGUCGGGAGCUGCUGCUGCGCUCAGGCCGCCCUCCUCCGGCGGCGGCGGUCUGUCGGAGGAGCUGCGCUGCCCCGUCUGUCUGGACCUGUUCCGCAGGGCCACCACCCUCGGCUGUGGCCACACCUUCUGCGCCGUCUGCCUGGCCGAGACCCGGGACCGGGGCGACGACCGGUGCCCGCUCUGCCGGGUCACUAUCACCUCCGCCAUCCGGUCCGUCACCCUGAACAGCAUCGUCAGGAGCGUUAUCACCGCGGCAGCCGCAGAGGGGCGCUGGUGACCGACUUCAGAUGGCGCCACCGCCCAGUGUACAUAUCUCGGCUGUGCCGUGAGCUAGCAACUGUUUGAUUUGUGGCCAACAGCUGAUCGACGCGUGGCCAACAGCUGGUGAUUUGACGCGCGUCUAUCAAACGGCGCAAUGAACGAACGGUGUUGUCAGUGGCAUUCAUUAUCAUUUAUAUUAUUUUUAUAAUUUAGUCCGAACCUUUUAACGGAAUGAUUCACAAGGACUGAGCCCCCCUUAAGCGAAGCUUGUUGCGUUGACCCUGCCCUCUACCCUCCGAUCGCGCAAUUCCGGUUCUAUGGUAGAAUUUGGAGUCGAAAGUUUAACGUGUGCACAUAGCCGCGCACGCACAGUGAUGCAAAUGGGGUUCACGAAUGGCCAUAAAUACCGGAAAGGUCCAAAAUUCAAGUUCACCUAAUGAAAUAAAUCGCAAUAUGGCCAGUCAGGCAAAUGUUUAGGGUGUUCUUAAAACAUGAUUUUCAUGUUAUUGUCAAAGCCGGCCUCGUGCAUGAUUGUCAGAAGUCGUGACAUUUUCUAUGUCAUAAAAUGAUUGUUAGAUACUCGCAAGUUCAAACGCCGCUAGCGUGCGGUCAUUUCAUACAAAUGGCAAAAAAUUAUACAUGGCAAUGCAUAAAUUAUACGACACCCGACCGCGCCGGACAAAAAAACUUCAAUAGCGCCCUGAUCUUCAAUAGCGCCCAAUACGGGCACACACUGUGUUAACUGUUGUAGGUGAAACGAAAGCAAAUAAUUUUAAGUAAAAAAACUGCGAUUGCAACAUGACAGAUGGUUAGAUCACCGCCAAACCAAGAGAUACGAACAGACAUUAGGGAUUAUUGCCAUGUAUAGUUUUUGCAGUUUGUAUGAAAUGAACGCACGCUAGCGGCGUUUGUACUUGUAAGUACCUGCCGGCUGCCAGUCAUUUUACGACAUAGACAAUGUCAUGACUCAUGACUUCUGACAAUCAUACACGAGGCCGGUUUUGACAAGAACAUGAAAACUAUGUGAUUUCAGAUGCCCCAAACAUUUCGUUGGUUGGCCAUAUCGCGAUUUACUCUGAUUGGUGAACUUGACUUUUUGGUAUUUAUGGCCACUCGUGAACCCCAUUUGCAUCACUGUGGCACGGCCGGUCCCCUCACAAAAUUCGCCUGGCUACGGCCUGCCACCAACCGCGACCAUAUCUAUCAGGAGGCCCAUAAACGUCAGCGCCCGUCGCGCUUCAAACCCGGACUGUUGUAACCGGGAACGCGUGCUCGCAGUCCAACGCUCUACCGACUGAGCUACGGCACCGGCCAAAGAAUUAUGUAUCAUUUGUAUUCAUUUGCUAAUUGCUAUCCGUUUAUUUUCUGAUUUCUGAUAUCGACUGUUCUCUUUCAGAAUUACGUACAAUGCAAAUACACAUAUAUAAACUGAC